CUCUACUGCACAUCGGCUUUCUAAUAAAGGUAAAAAGAAAAUCAUUUUAUUUCUUUUACACAAGGUCAAGUUUAUGUUUUCUCACUUUUCUCAAAUGUUUUAUUUUCUGAUAAAAUUCUGAAAUGUCUAAACUUCCUGCUGUGGAUCCACACUUUCAGUGGAAACAAUCUGACUGAUGUUUAAUUCAUUAAGGGCCGAUUCUGCUGAUGAAGCACACACAAUAAAAUGCAGCAGACUCUGCAUGACUCCUGUUUGUGCAAUGCAGAAAUGUGUCACUGUGGAGAAAUGUCCUCACAGCGUAGAAAUGUCCUCACUGUGGAUAAAUGUCCUCACCAUACAGAAAUGUCCUCACAGUGCAGAAAUGUCCUGAUAGUGUCGAAAUGUCCUCACGAAACAAAACCCCCCUCCAACAAACACACACAGGAUGGAAUGCUCACACACUGGAAGCUCCUCCUCCUCGAUGCUGCAGUGUGUUUCAGUGUUUCAGAUCAGAGCUGCAGAGACACAAUCCUGAACUGAUUUGGACUACACCAGGUUCUGUGUCUCAGACUGGGAUCUGCAGGUUCUUCAGGGUUCUCUAAGUUAUGGACUGAAGCUUGAACAUGAGGAGAGGAGAACGCAGUCCAACCUGAGGAGGAGAAAAGAUUCAGAGCUGCUGAGCAGGAUGUCAGGUAACUGGUCUAUCCUGAGACUGUCAUCACUGGCUCCACCCACCAGCUCUGUAGCCUUACUUCCCAACACCUCCCAGUUCCCCCCACUCUCAGACUGGGAGGCCCCCAGUUUCACUCGGGCUGCUCAGUUCCGUGUUGCAGCCACCUUGGUCCUCUUCCUCUUCGCUGCCUGCAGUAACCUGGCUUUGUUGGUCAGUGUGUGGUGUGGGCGUGGACGGCAGCUGGCAUCUCAUCUGCGACCGCUGAUGCUGAGCCUGGUGGCAGCUGACCUGAUGAUGACGUUUGUGGUGAUGCCUCUGGAUGCGGCGUGGAACGUCACAGUUCAGUGGUAUGGAGGAGACGUGCUCUGUAAGCUGCUCUGCUUCCUAAAGCUGUUCGCCAUGCACGCAUCUGCCUUCGUCCUUGUUGUCAUCAGCCUUGACCGUCAGCACGCCAUACUACACCCGCUGGAUGCUCUGACUGCACAUUGCAGGAAUCGACGCAUGCUGCUAGUGGCCUGGAGCCUCAGUCUGCUGCUUGCAUCACCACAGGUAACACUGUCUCGACCGGUUGGGGUGAGUGGAUAGAGGAGAGACAAAAGAAAAGAAAAGCAACAAG